CCGGCUGGCUGGCAGACAGAGAGACGGCGCGCGGGCGCUGCCGCUUUAAGAGCCUCGAGUGCGCGCCAAAGCCAGCCUUCUUUCUCCCCCCUCCCUUCCCGGUUUUCCCCCUCGCGCGCCCCCGCCGCUUCUCCCUCUCACUCUCCCUUCCGCUCCCGCUCCCUCUCCGCUUUAAAGUCUCAGCCAGGAUCCAGGCUCACAUGUUACUUCCUGUAUGGAAGAAUGGAAAGCUUCCAGCAGCUCCUGCCUGACUGUGCCUCGCCAGCUUUCCCCGGAGCCCCAACUUCGAGCAGCGGGAUGGACUGAGAAGAGCUCUGGGCAGCCCCUGUUCGUUGCUGCGAAGCCUCAGUCGCCGGGGAGGAGAAGGGGAUCCAGCCGCCGCCGCCGCUGCUCUUACUGCUGUUUGCGAGAAUAAUGCCUUUUCCCUUUGGCCUGGCGAGGAGAUGCCCGCAUGAAGAGGCGAGGGAAGUCCGAGCCUAGCCGAGGCGCUCUUUCUCCGCCCGUCCCCGGCGCUGCGUUUGCGGGCUAGAGAGAAGUUGGGACGAGAUCUCGGCUCCCGAGUCCGCCCUCCUCUAGCCUUUUGCUCCGAGGCCUGGAGCGCGGGGCUUCUGCUGAACUCUGGGACUCUCUGCACACACAGGCAGCGAUCCCGCGGACAAACUCGGGGCGCGAGAAGGGGGGGGGGAAGGGGAAGCUCUGCGCGCGCCGCUGGAUGAUUUGCCUCAGGCUUUGGGGGGGCCCGGCGUGGCUAUUUGCGUUUUCCCUCUCUUUUCCCCCUCAAGAAAUCUUUCUUUGUUUCUGACUGAAGAGCGGGCAAUUGCAACUUUUGUAAUCCUCGGCAAGUUGUUUUUGUGUCCCCCUCGCCCCUUUUUUUUAAAAAAAAGAAAAUUCCUCGUCAUUAUUAUCAUUUUUUUAAACACACUUAAAGAGAACCCCUCCUUGCUUUUUUCGAUGUGCGGCUUUGGACAUGCGGAGGCUACUGCAACCGUGUUGCUGGAUCUUUUUCUUGAAAAUCACCAUCUCCGUGCUCCAUUACGUGGUGUGUUUCCCCGCUUUGACUGAAGGUUAUGAUAGCUCACUGCAUGAAAGCAGACACGGCAGUUCAGUGCAAAUACGGCGGCGGAAAGCAUCUGGGGAUCUUUAUUGGGCGUAUUCAGGUGCAUACGGUCCGGAGCACUGGGUUGCUUCAAAUGUGGACUGUGGGAGGACUCACCAGUCUCCAAUAGAUAUUGUAGAUCACCAAGCACAUGUUGGAGAAGAAUACCAAGAAAUAAAGUUAGAUGGUUUCGAUAAUGAAUCUUCUAACAAGACAUGGAUGAAAAAUACUGGGAAAACUGUUGCUAUCCUUCUAAAAGAUGACUAUUUCAUCAGCGGUGCAGGGCUACCAGGCAGAUUCAAAGCAGAGAAAGUGGAGUUUCACUGGGGCCAGAGUAACGGAUCAGCUGGCUCAGAGCAUAGCAUCAAUGGGAGACGAUUCCCAGUUGAGAUGCAGAUUUAUUUCUACAAUCCUGAUGACUUUGACAGCUUUGGGACAGCUAUCCAAGAGAAAAGAAUAAUAGGCGCCAUGGCUGUGUUCUUUCAAGUCAAUCAGAGGGACAAUCCAGCACUGGAGCCUAUUAUCCAUGGGUUGAAGGGUGUCGUACAUCAUGAGAAAGAGACCUUCUUGGAUCCCUUUGUCUUAAGAGAUCUUCUGCCAGCAACCUUGGGCAGUUACUAUCGGUAUGCAGGUUCGCUGACUACUCCUCCAUGUAGUGAGAUUGUGGAGUGGAUUAUUUUUCGCAUGCCUGUUCCCAUCUCUUAUCGCCAGCUGGAGGCAUUCUAUUCCAUAUUUACCACGGAACAGCAAGACCAUGUCAAAUCUGUGGAAUAUCUGAGGAAUAACUUCCGGCCUCAGCAGAGUUUGAACAAUAGAGUGGUUUCCAAGUCUGCCGUGAAGGAUGCUUGGAGCCAAGUGACAACUAGCAUCUUUGAAAAUCCACUUGGGACAGAAGCCUCCAAAGUUUGCAGCACUCCUCCUGUCAAUAUGAAGGUGCAGCCACUAAACAGAACAGCUUUGCUGGUGACGUGGAACCAACCAGAGACAAUCUAUCACCCUCCUAUUAUGAACUAUAUGAUUUCCUACAGCUGGACUAAAAAUGAAGAUGAAAAGGAAAAGACCUUCACCAAGGACAGUGACAAGGACCUGAAAGCCAUCAUUAGCCAUGUCUCACCUGACAUCCUUUAUCUGUUCAGAGUUCAAGCAGUUUGCCGAAAUGACAUGCGCAGUGAUUUUAGCCAAACAAUGCUCUUUCAAGCUAACACAACUCGAAUUUUUGAGGGGACCAGAAUAGUCAAAACAGGAGUGAAUAAUGGGCAGAAUGGAGUGUUUGGAAAGAAAAGGAAAUCAAAAGGAAAAAAGAGCCGAGGUAGAAUGUCAGGUACCUCUACUGAUGGUCUCUCUGCUGUGUUUUCUUCUCUUGUUCCCCCUGGUGAUUUCUUCAAGCCUACAGCUUCUCCUGCACCUUCAGCCGACAUGGCUCCCAUCAGUUCUGGAUCUUCUACUUGGACUUCCUCAGGCCUCCCCUUUUCCUUUGUGUCCAUGGCAACUGGGAUGGGGCCUUCCUCCAGUGGAAGUCAAGCAACGGUGGCCUCGGUGGUCACCAGCACUUUGCUUGCAGGCCUUGGGUUCAGUGGGAGUGGUAUUUCUUCUUUUCCCAGUACUGUUUGGCCAACUCGUCUCCCAACGGCUGCUUCUGCCAGUAAGCAGUCCGUCAGACCAGUGGUCACUACCACUGAGGCUUUAUCUUCUCCAGGGCCAGACAAUGAUUCCACUCUCACAAAAGACAAUGAAGGAACAGAGGAUGGAGAAAAGGAUGAGAAAAGUGAAAGUGAGGAUGGUGAAAGAGAGCAUGAGGACGAGAGAGAAAAGGAUUCAGAAAAGAAAGAGAAAAGUGAUGUGACAGAGACGGCUGACGUACAGAACAACACAGAAACCACAGACACCACUGUUGCUCCUAAUAGAACUAUGGAAGAGGGAGGGAAUAAAACCAUACCUGAUCAAGAGCCAAGCCAAAAGAUUUUCCCAACAGGUAGGACUCCCAGAGGAGAAGGAGUUACAAAAACAGACUCUCAGUCCAAAACAGUCCCUUCCACCCAAGUGCCACCAGCAUUCACAAAUGAACAAUAUACUGGACUGUUUUCAAGAAGACCAGAGACAUCAUCAAGGGCAACUUUACCAAAUGGAAGAUUUCAAGAGGAAAACUCACCAGAUAACAGAUUUAUUACCAUUAACCCAGCAGGCAAGAAUAUUUCCAGUAUGGCAACCAGACCUGCUCCUGGCAAAAUGGAAUGGAUCAUUCCCCUCAUCGUAGUCUCAGCCUUGACAUUUGUGUGCCUCAUACUUCUUAUUGCUGUGCUAGUCUACUGGAGAGGGUGUAACAAACUAAAGUUCCAGGGCUUACCCCGAUAUUUCCAUGAAGUGCCUUCUUCUCACGACAGAGGAAAGAAGGGGAACAGAAAAUGUUUUCAGACAGCUCACUUUUAUGUGGAGGACAGCAGCUCACCUCGCGUGGUGCCAAACGAAAACAUUCCCAUUAUCCCCAUCCCAGAUGACAUGGAAGCCAUCCCUGUCAAACAAUUUGUUAAGCAUAUCAGUGAGCUGUAUGCCAACAACCAGCAUGGAUUCUCAGAAGAUUUUGAGGAAGUGCAGCGUUGUACAGCCGACAUGAACAUCACCACUGAACAUUCCAAUCACCCUGACAACAAGCACAAAAACAGAUAUAUCAACAUUUUAGCAUAUGAUCACAGUAGAGUGAAGUUAAGACCUUUACCGGGAAAAGACUCCAAGCACAGUGACUACAUUAAUGCUAAUUACGUUGAUGGUUACAACAAAGCAAAAGCCUACAUUGCCACCCAGGGACCUUUAAAGUCAACAUUCGAAGAUUUCUGGAGAAUGAUUUGGGAGCAAAACACUGGAAUUAUCAUCAUGAUUACAAACCUUGUGGAAAAAGGAAGAAGAAAAUGUGACCAGUACUGGCCCACUGAAAACAGUGAAGAAUAUGGUCAUAUUAUAGUCACACUGAAGAGCACAAAAGUACAUGCUUGCUACACAGUUCGCCGCUUCACAGUCAGGAAUGCAAAAAUGAAGAAGGGGAACCCUAAAGGGCGCCAGAAUGAAAGGACGGUUAUUCAAUACCAUUACACACAGUGGCCUGACAUGGGAGUGCCUGAAUAUGCUCUGCCAGUGCUAACGUUUGUGAGAAGAUCCUCUGCAGCUCGGACCCCUGAGAUGGGCCCAGUGGUUGUGCAUUGCAGUGCUGGCGUUGGUAGGACUGGAACCUACAUUGUUAUAGAUAGUAUGCUGCAACAGAUAAAAGACAAAAGCACAGUUAAUGUCCUUGGUUUCCUGAAACACAUCAGGACACAGCGCAACUACCUCGUCCAGACAGAGGAACAGUAUGUUUUUAUUCAUGAUGCCUUGUUGGAAGCCAUUCUUGGGAAAGAGACUGAAGUUUCUGCCAGCCAACUACAUAGCUAUGUUAAUAGCAUUCUCAUACCUGGAGUUGGAGGCAAGACUCGGCUAGAGAAACAGUUCAAGCUGGUUAUGCAGUGCAAUGCAAAAUAUGUGGAGUGCUUCAGUGCUCAGAAGGACUGCAACAAAGAGAAGAACAGGAAUUCAUCAGUAGUGCCGUCUGAACGAGCACGGGUGGGACUGGCACCAUUACCUGGAAUGAAGGGGACUGAUUACAUUAAUGCAUCUUACAUCAUGGGUUACUACCGGAGUAAUGAGUUCAUCAUAACGCAGCAUCCCCUGCCACACACAACUAAAGAUUUCUGGAGAAUGAUUUGGGAUCACAAUGCACAAAUCAUUGUCAUGCUUCCAGACAACCAGAGCUUGGCAGAAGAUGAGUUUGUCUACUGGCCCAGUCGAGAAGAAUCCAUGAACUGUGAGGCCUUUACUGUGACCCUCAUCAGCAAAGACAGGCUGUGCCUCUCUAACGAGGAGCAAAUCAUCAUCCAUGACUUUAUCCUUGAGGCUACCCAGGAUGACUAUGUUUUGGAAGUACGCCAUUUUCAGUGUCCCAAAUGGCCAAAUCCAGAUGCCCCAAUCAGCAGUACCUUUGAACUAAUCAAUGUAAUCAAAGAAGAGGCCUUAACAAGAGAUGGCCCCACCAUUGUUCAUGAUGAGUAUGGAGCUGUAGCGGCUGGAACAUUAUGUGCCCUUACCACCCUGUCCCAGCAGCUGGAGAAUGAAAACGCUGUUGAUGUUUUCCAGGUGACAAAGAUGAUCAAUCUCAUGAGGCCGGGAGUAUUUACAGAUAUUGACCAGUACCAGUUUCUGUACAAAGCAAUGCUAAGCCUGGUCAGCACUAAGGAAAAUGGAAAUGGCUCCAUGGCACUGGACAAAAAUGGUGCUGUUAUGGCCAAUGACGAAUCAGAUCCUGCAGAAAGCAUGGAAUCUCUCGUCUAAUUGGAAUAUUGAAAAGGCACUUAAUUUGUGGAAUUUCUGAAGACUGAGUGAACUUUUGGAGGCCUUUUUCUGCCAGACUCUAGGUUAUUCAAUAACCCAGUUACUUUUUUACACUGAUAAAAGUUUUGAUAUUUAUUUUUGCCAUUUUAUGUCUUAAUGGUAUCCUACUGAGCAUUUGCACCUCUGUUUAUUUCACACAGUGGAACGCAAUUUUGUCUAGUUUGCACUAUAUGAUCAGUGUUAACUGCCUAUAAAGUCGUAAUACACAAGCAAGCAAGCAAACCCUGAUGCGACAUUCCAUGAUGAUGACAAACAUGCUCCUUUUUAGUUGAAAUGCCCUGAAGUUUCGUUACUUGUCAUGAGCCUUGACUCUAAAGUCUUGAAUACUAGACCAGAAGGAUUCUUUUUGAUUUACAAGAAAUGCUGUACCCUUAACAUACUCCAAUAUUUAUUGUUUAAUUUUCAUAUAACUUUGGUAAUUGUUACCAGUCUUUUGUAUUCCAGUAACAUGGAUGAGUGUUGUUCAUUUCUUUCCAGACAAUGGGGUGAGGUGGUCACUGGCAAUGGUGAAAUGCAGUAGCUUCCAUAUGUGGAACAAUUGUUCGAUUUUUAUUAUUAUUAUCAUUCCUUUGUUUAUAUAUACGGAAGCCUAAGAAUGGCUUGUCACAGAACAUAUAAAAUUACAUUCCCAAAACACAUAGAGCAACUCACAUCUGACACAGAACCUUAAAAGUCUGGUUUUACAGCAUCACUGAUGCAGAAGUUUUUAUUUUUGAUUCUGCAACAGCAAUAUGGGAAAAAUAUUUUGAUAAUAUUUUACCGCAGGCAAUUUAGUAAUCAACUGCGCAAAAACUACUACCAAUUCCUUUUAUUCCAAAAGUGCUUGGUAGCAGUUUUCUUCGUUACUGUACCACUCAGCAUUUUAAACACAUAUAGUUCCUUAAUUCUUCUGAAGCAGGACCUCUGACUGAAGAGUAUGUGACAUGAUGGAGAAAGGAAUUUCAUAAUUUGAUAGCUAUUAGAUGCUGUUUUUACAGGUAUGUAAUUUUCAUACUUUAGUGCUAAAACGUACUGAUCCAUAUUACUGGUGAAGUGAUCUAAUAAAAAACUACCUAUAAGAUUA